GAAAAGCAAGUCGCAGUGGUUGGCCUCGCGAGCCCUAUCUCCUCCUUCCUAAUCCCCUUUCCCCUCCCCCUCUCCAUUCCCCUCGCCGCCGCCGCCGCCACCGCCGCCGCCGCGGCGCGCCGCCCUCCUCCUCCUCCCAUCCAAGAUGAAUGUCGACAAGCUUAAGAAGAUGGCGGGUGCCGUGCGCACCGGUGGCAAGGGCAGCAUGCGCAGGAAGAAGAAGGCAGUUCACAAGACUACCACCACUGAUGACAAGAGGCUUCAAAGCACCUUGAAAAGAGUAGGAGUGAACAACAUUCCUGGUAUCGAAGAGGUCAAUAUCUUCAAGGAUGAUGUGGUUAUCCAAUUUCAGAAUCCAAAAGUGCAAGCAUCCAUUGGUGCAAAUACAUGGGUAGUGAGUGGAACACCACAGACGAAGAAGCUGCAAGAUCUGCUUCCAACAAUCAUCAACCAGUUGGGACCUGAUAACCUGGACAACCUCAGGAGGCUUGCUGAGCAGUUCCAGAAGCAGGUACCCGGUGCUGAGGCUGGUGCCAGCGCAGGUAACGCUCAGGACGACGACGAUGAUGUCCCUGAGCUUGUCCCUGGAGAGACGUUCGAGGAGGCUGCAGAGGAGAAGGAGCCUGAGGAGAAGAAGGAAGCGGAGGUGGAAGAGAAGAAAGAGUCGUCCUAGUUUUGUUCAUCGCCGUCGUCUAUUAUUGUUGUGAAGGGUUGUUGGUUCAAUGUUACCCCCUACCAUGCCUGGGACGUGCUCUCCUAUGGACUCCGACCUGCCUUACUCGUUUCCAUGUGGGCCGGUUUUGUCUUGUACGAGGAUUUGGUCCAAUCCAACGGUGGAAUUGAGUUUUACGACAGUUAAAUUAUGCUUCCAAUUCGCAAAUGUUUUAUACCCA